ACAAAACUUUAACAAAAAUAAUUUCUCUCGUAUGACAGGUACGGCUUCGAAUGUCAGGCGAGGUGAUGUAAAUUCAGUCAGUCCAAUAUGCUCUUGACCUUCUAUCCACGGCUCUCGCCUGCUUUAAGUCUGCACGUCUCCCUGGCACGAUUAACCCUCCCCUAUCUGUAAACCGCGGCAACCCAGGGGACCGGGGUUUUUUUUUUUAAAUCAAAGAGUUGAAUUUCAACGCGUUUCCUGGAACUCUUUUAUAAUGUCUUUCACACGUGUUCGGCUGCGUUGCAGUCUCUGCAAGGGGUAGAGUGUUAAUACCUGGAGUCGGUGGCGCUCCCUGCCACACUGCAGCCUGCACUCUCACAACAACUCGCUGGACAAGAUGAUGGGACUUUGCACUGGACUGCUCCUGUCUGCCUUACUCCUCGUUCAGGUCAAUGGGGUGCCUAAACCUAAAGUAAAACCCGGUCCACAGACUCCAGCCGGUCUUUGCCGAACUAAACCCACCGAUCUUGUCUUCAUCAUCGACAGCUCUCGGAGUGUCCGCCCUUCUGAAUUUGAACAGGUGAAAGUGUUUGUGUCGCAGGUCAUCGAAUCCCUGAGCAUCGGCCCAAAUGCCACCCGGGUUGGAGUGGUCAACUAUGCCAGCACGGUCAACCCCGAAUUCACCCUCAGCGCACACCGCAACAAGGCCGCCGUCCUGCGGGCAGUCUCCCAGAUCAAGCCACUUUCCUCCGGCACCAUGACUGGCUUGGCCAUCAAUUUUGCGACCAAUAUCGCUUUCAAUGAGGCCAGCGGAGCACGGGUGAAAUCCAACGCUGCCAGCAAGGUAGCCAUCAUUGUGACCGACGGCCGACCCCAGGACCGCGUGCGAGAUCCCGCCACCCGUGCCAAACAGAAAGGCAUUGAGAUCUUUGCCAUCGGUGUGGGCAGGGCAGAGCUGAACUCCCUCCGCGAGAUCGCCAGCGAGCCUCUGGAAGACCACCUGGACUACGUAGAGAGCUACAGUGCCAUCGAAAAACUUUCCAAAAAAUUUAAGGAAGCUUUCUGUGUGGUGGAUCUGUGUGCAAGCGGCGACCAUGACUGUGAGCAGGUGUGCGUGAGUGUUCCUGGCUCUUACAAGUGUGCCUGCAAUGAAGGAUUCACACUCAACCCAGAUGGAAAAACUUGCGGGACUUGCAGUUCAGGAGCUGUUGAUUUAGGUUUCGUUAUCGAUGGGUCAAAGAGUGUGAGACCUGAAAACUUUCAGCUGGUGAAAAAAUUCAUCAACCAGAUUGUCGACUCCCUGGAUAUUGGUGACCAGCAGGCACGGGUGGCCCUUGUCCAGUACUCGAGCACGGUCAGGACAGAAUUCCCCCUCAACAAGUUCAAUACAAAGCAAAGCAUCAAGGCUGCCGUCAAGAGAAUGGAGUACAUGGAGAGAGGAACGAUGACAGGCCUGGCUCUGCAACACCUGUCCGAGAAGGUCUUUCUCCCGUCCCUAGGAGCAAGGGACAACAUCCCAAAAGUCGGAAUUGUCUUCACUGAUGGUCGCUCACAAGAUUACAUUAAUAGUUUUGCCGAAAAGAUCAAAAAUCAAGGAAUUAAGAUGUUUGCGAUAGGAGUUGGGAAUGCACUUGAGGAAGAAUUACGGAUAAUUGCUUCAGAUCCAGUGAAGGAUCAUUAUCAUUAUACCGCAGACUUCAAAACAAUGAACCAAAUCGCAGACAAAUUACAAGUCAAAAUAUGUGCUGCACCUAAAGACCCAUGUGCCUGCGAGUCACUAGUGGAGUUCCAAAGAAAGGUCGAGAAAAUUAUUAAAACACUGACGUCCAAACUAGGUACCUUUGCAAAAAAACUGGCAGCUCUUGAGAACAGACUUCUUGUCUAAAAGAUUCAACUGCACUUUUCCUGACAACUGUUAACAUCAUCAAAUGUACUGAAAACAUACUUAUGUAAUAUACAAGAGUAUCUGAAUUACUAAAAAAAAUGCUUUAAUUUUAAAAUGUCUAGUCUAGUUACCUUCUCCUUAUAAAGGAACCUUAUAACAGUAAGUGCAGUCAUUUUCAUUUGGACAAAGCACUGAAAUAUGCCAGAAACAUUGAUAUUCUUGGCAAUAUUUUUUGUAUAUUAAAAAAAGGAAGACACCAAAUACGAAACUUAAUCAUAAUUUCAUUUGUAUUUAUAUUGUAAUUUACUUGUUUGAUACUAACAUUGGCGUAUAAUACAAGCUUUUAUAUUUUGUCCUCUAGUAAAAAAAAAUUAUGAAUCAUAAUACAUUUUAUCAUGUGCUUCUAAGAACUCGGUAACCUCAUCCUUUAUAAUAAAGAGCAUAUAUUCUGAAAAUUGACCAGCUAAGUACUACAUCGAGUCACACAGCACGGAAACAAGGUUCUUGAACCCAACUCGUUCAUGCUGACCAAGUUUUAUAACUGAGCUGGUUCUAUUUGCCUGUGGCAAUGAAAUACAGAAGUAAACUAUAAUAAUAAUAAUAUUAAUAAUAAUAAUAUCUUUUAUUGUCAUUGCACAUAGGUGCAACGAGAUUUGGUAUGCAGCUUCCAUCCGAUGUCAUAACUUAAACAACUAAUAACAUUUGGGUAAAAUUUAAAUACCCUGAGAAACAUGAUUUAUAAAAAGAACAGUAAAACAGUCUAAAGUGCAAAUAUGUCUGUGCCGGGUCGAUGUGCGACGUGACCAUCCAAGGGAGACAGUUCAUGGGGGUGGGGGGCACUCGGCAGGGCCGGUUCAGAGCAGCUAUAAUUGUUCAGUUGUAAUAGUAAGGGACAAUACAAAUAUGUAAUAUCUCUGACAACUUUGGGCAAAAUCAAGAAACAGAAAUGGUUAAAAUUUGUGCAUGGCCAAGAGCAUAGUUUCUCCUGCCUAUUGCACGCCCAUCCUGAUCACAGGGUCUAUUAGUUUUAAUAGAUCUGAAUGUCAGAGCAGAUUGCAACAGAUGGAUAAUAAAUAAUAUAUACAUUCUUCUUGGUGCUCGUGACCAAAGACAUAAUUCUAGCUCAAAAUAUCUUGUGUGUCUUUUUUAAAUUCAGAUAUUUAUAUAUGUAUAUUUUAAAAGAAAAGAUAUUAUGGAUUCUUAAGAGUUUUGUUUGGAUGUUCUGUUUUGUCACUUUGGUAAAACCGUAUUGUGUCAGGAAAUAACAGGAAAAUAAAAGUGGCCAAAAACAUUCAAA